AUGGAAAUCAUUAAAGCUGUUCACGAAACUAUUGAACAAUUACGACCAAAUGAAGAAGAAUUACAAACAUCAAGUACUGGCAUUCAUUCGUUUACAUUAGAUACAUCUGAAGAUACGGCUAUGGAUCUGCUUAAAAUGCAACUUGAGGAUAUUCUUAGGACACAUGCAGCACAUCUAAGCGAAAUUUGUAGAAAAUACCUACUCAAAUUUCUACAGCAAUAUGACUACGAUGAAAACACACGAAAGUUUACGAAUUCAUUCAAUAUGGAUAGUCUUGAUCCAUUCGAACAUGAUUUAGAAGCUGCAUUAGCUUCAAUUGAUGCUUUUGUAGCAGCAUAUAUGGGAAAUAAGGAUGCAGUAUUAAAAUUCAUAGAAAAGUAUCCAACACUCAAAGACAAACCUGGCCUACAUGGAACAACUCUAUUAUAUUCAGCAGCCAAAAAUAAUCAUGAGGUACUCGUUAGGUUUCUUGUUCAAUCAGCUCAUUGUGCUGUAAAUGCUCAAAAUCAACAACAGCUUGAAGAUGUAUUACAAACUCAUUCAACAAGUACAUUUACAAUGAUAAAUCCAUCAUCUGGUUCAACAGCAUUACACGGUGCUUGUUUCCAAGGACAUUUGAGAAUUGUUCAAUAUUUGAUUACACAUGGUGCUGAUUAUUUCGUUCGAAAUCAAUUGCAAGAAACACCGAUAAUGAAUGGAGAAAAUCGUCUAAAUAUUCGUGAUUUUUUUAAAGAUUUUCUUAUCCUAGGUUAUUCUGUCACAACAACUAAACAUUUACCCGAAAAACCAAUUUUACAAAGAACAGAAAGCGAAACAUUUGAUUGUGUUUGGGAAUAUAAACCAUUAAUUGAUCAGCAAUGGUUACGAUUUUCAGAUGAUGAAUCAAACGAAUUAAAUAAAUCAUUAACAAUAUUAUCUGGUGAAGAGAUGCAGCGUGUCAUCUAUUUGGGUGCAUCACCUAAUACUUUUAGUGUUUCAAUGAUUCAAUUUACACGAUCCGAUAGAAAUCGUGAUCCAACGAAACACAUUGCAUGGGUUCGAUGUCGUGGUUCAUCCAUUUUCAAUUUUGAUUGUUUUUCACGAUGGCAAAUAAUGCUUCUUAAAUAUACUGAAAUCACCAGUCAAAAUGAACCAUCUUUGAAGAUAAUUGAUAUACCAACAAUUUAUGAUAGUAAAUUUCAAUUACAGCUCAAUUGUUGGUAUAAUUGUACAAGCAACAUCAAUUCACAUCUAGACAAUGCUAUAAAUUAUCGACGAAAACGAAUCACUUUGAAUCUACAAUUUUUGACAGAUGAUGUGGAGUUUGAUCUACAAGACUUUACAUUUGUAAGCAGAGACCGAACGAUAUCAGGUUGCAUAAGAUGGAUUCCAAAAUUGAUUGCAAAUGACGAACGAUACAGAAAUACUAUUCAUGACAUUGAUAAUUAUCAAAAUUUAUCUCAUGUUCAACCAAUACCUUUGACGACAAAACGACUUCAAGAAAUAUCAAAUAGAAAUCAUACUACAUCAGCUUCGAAACUAGACGAUGAUAUAUUAGAAGAAGACGAAAAUGAUCAAGAUGUUACACCACGAAGUCUUUUGAGCGAAAACAUCGACGAGGACAGCUUCGAUGCUAUAGAUAAGGAGAUCGAAUCAUCAGAGAACGGAAAAUGGUCGCUGUUUGAUAUUAAAAGUAAGGAUGAUACUGCUUUAACAGCUAUGGUCAACGAAAACGAUCGUCACUCAUCAGUUGCAUCUUUACCAUCGACAAUAUCGAGUAUUACAGAAGAAAAAAGUCUUGCUGAUAAUUUACAAGAAGAAUUAACAAAUACUGUUUUACCACAAGAGAUGUCUUUCCAAGAAAACUUAAUGUCAAUUGAAAAUCUUAAAGACUUGGAAAAUGAGUUGCGAGUCCAGCAACUGAAAAUCGAUGAGAGAACUAAAGAAAUGAUAGUAAUCAAAGAAGAACUAAGGAAAAAGAAUGAAGAGAAGGAAAAACUGGAAAAUGAACUCGCAACUGCUCAAGAAAAACAAAUGGAAGCUCAACAACAAAAGAAACACCAGGCCAAUGAAAUGUCAAAGCUUGAAGCAGAGAUAAACGAAUUAAAAGCAGCUCAAGAUACGUUAAUAAGAACGAAGCAAAAAGCUAAUCGAGAAUUGUCAGAGAAGCUUGCAGCCGCUCAAGCAAAACAUGAUAAUGCUGAACAAGAAAGAAAACGGCAAGCCAAAGAAAUAUCAGACCUCGCUAAAAAAAUAAAAGAUAUAGAAGCAAUUAAAGAAGAACUAAAGAAAAAGAAUGAAGACAAUGAAAAAUUAGAAAAUGAACUUGCAAUUGCUCAAAAAAAACAUGCCGAAGCUCAAAAACAAAAAGAACGCCAGGCCAAUGAAAUGUCAAAGCUUGAAGCAGACAUAAAUGAAUUAAAAGCAGCUCAAAAUACAUUCAUAAGAAUGAAGCAAAAAGCUGAUCAAGAGCUGUCAGAGAAGCUUGCAGCCGCUCAAGCAAAACACGACAAUGCUGAACAAGAAAAAAAACGGCAAGCCAAAGAAAUAUCAGAUCUAGCUGAAAAAAUAAAAGAAAUAGAAGCAAACAAAGAAGAACUAAGGAAAAAGAAUGAAGAAGAAACGCAAAAUCUGGACAAACAGCUUAAAAUUGCUGAAGAAAAUCAAAGAAUUGCUGAACAGGAAAAACAACGGCAACAACAGCAAAUUGAAGAACUCGACAAAUUGACCAAAGAACUAAAAGCUUACAAAGAAAAGGAAGAAAAAGAAAAGAACAACAUAGAAAAAAUAGAAAAAACUAUUAUAGCUAACCAAUAUAGCAAGAUCGAAACACAAAUAGCACGAGACUUUCUCGCGCCAAAACAAUCAUUGAUCCUAGAUUACAUGAAAAAAACAGGCAGGACAGUUGAUAAGUAUUUCAUUGAUAGAAUACCCAAAAUGUUACUUGGAGAAGUAAUUAAUGAAUCAACUAUAACGUACACUGUAAUGAUUAUUGGUUUUCAAGAUCAUCAUAAUAUAUUUAAAGAGCUUCUUGCACGAAUGCAAAAAUAUUUCCAAUUAAUACAAAAAGCUAAAGAUUACUAUCAACGAUCUUUGCAGAAAAUCACCAAACCUAUUCAACACGAACUUACAAAGGUUAAAUCGAGAACACAAUAUUGGAAGCAAUAUGUCAAAUCCUUAACUCAGCUAAUACAAGACCAAUCGAAUGAAUAUACUGAGUUGUUUAAUACCUAUAUUGAAGAAAUAGGAAAAUCAUUAACCGAACGAUGUAUUUUAAAUGAUUUAACGACAAUAAAAACUGAAAUAGAAAAACAUACAAAUAAUUUUAUGAAAAAUAAGCUAUUGAUCAAAGAAGUGGAAUCACUCAAACAUCAAGCACUUGAAAAUUUUAUCGAACAAAAUAUUACUUUUCAACGGAGUCAUCAUGAAAAAAAGCCAAGUAUUAAAUCACUCUCUGUUCUAGAAACAUUGAUUAAUCGAGUUAAAACAGAUUUCAAAACGAAUCAAAAAUUUAUUGGUCUUGAUGCGAAACAUUUUGCUCUAAUACCUGAUUUACUACAUCGAUUAAUCAUGUAUUAUUGUUGCUUUAAUAUCCAACUACCUUUGUUUGAAUCAGCAUUAGACCUAUUGGAUAAAAUUGAUAUGCAUACAGUUACUACAAUAGCAACAUCAACUGGAUCAGGAAAAUCAACAUUGCUACCAGCUCUACUUGCUGCAGAAGGUUACGAUAAAAUUAUUGUUACACAACCUCGACGUUUACCUUGCACAUUAAUUUGUCAACGUGUCAACGAAACAAUGACAACAGUAACAGAUCCUUUUUCAGAGAAAUUAGCCGGAUGGGCUGUUAGUGGCGCUGAAAAAAAUCCACGAGCAAAAGUUCUAUAUGUAACUGAUGGUCUACUUAAAGAACGUUUACUUUAUGAUGAAAACUUCAUUACACGUAACACUCAAUUAAACAAAUCGAUUAUAUUCUUCAUCGAUGAGGUUCACGAAAGAUCCGUAAAUAUUGAUCAUUGUUUAGCAUUGUUAGCACGAAUGUUAUCUGUUAAUCCAGCUAUGAAAUCAAAAAUGAAAUUGAUUAUUUCAUCUGCUACACUUGAUUCAUCUGUACCGAAACUUUUUCGUCAAAUAAAACAAAUAACAUUAGCUGAAUUUGAAAUGCCACAAAUGGGUACAAUACAUACUGUCACCAAAUAUCCUCGUCCAAAGGAAAAUAUAUUGAGUAUUGUACAAGAAUUGUAUCAAAAACGGCGACGACAUGAUCAAAUUUUAUGUUUUGUUAGUUCUGUCAAAGAUGUAAAUGAAUGUUGUACGUUAUUGAAAAAAAUUACUGGCGAUGUAAUUAUUGCACAUCCUCUUAUUCAAUCACAACAAGCUUCUACACAAAAAGAAUAUAUUGAAAAUGGAAGUGUGUUUUUUUCGACAACAGUUGCUGAAACUUCAUUAACAUUUCCUCAGUUAAAAUAUGUCAUCGAUACAGGUAUGAUUAAUAUUCCUGUUUAUGAUCCAGAAUCUAAACGAACUGUACUAAAAGAAGAACGAGCAGCUGAAUCAACAAUAAAACAACGUCUGGGACGAUUAGGUCGAACACAACCUGGAGACUAUUAUUCAUUGUAUGAUUUUAAAGUGGACGAUAAACAAUAUCCAACAUCACAAAUAUGCCAAUUGGAUUUGACGAAUAUCGAAUUUGCAUUGCGAAAAUCACCAUUGAAAAAAGGACUGAAUUAUAUGAAAGAAUUCUUUCCAGAUCGCCCAUCAGACCAAGCAAUUGAUCUUACGAUUAAAGAACUACGAGCAUUAGGCAUUGUGGAGGCCAGUCCAAGUGAAAAAUUCACAAAACAUGGUGAAGCUCUUGCUAAACUGCCCGAUUUCGGUUCAUUGCAAAUGUCCAAAUGUGUAUUAGCUGCUCUUCAGAAAUAUUCUUGUGGACGUGAUCUUAUCUAUCUAGCAUCUAUUCUAAGUGUUCUAAAUACUAGUGCUCUAUUGAAGCCCAUACCAAAAAAUUUGAAAAGUGCCGAUGGUGAUUUUAUGACACUGUUUAAUGUAAUGCAAGAAGUUUUGCUUGUUAAACAAUCUGUACCAGAAAACAAAUUUAAUUUACAACUUGUUUGUCAAGCGAAAGGCCUAAGUGAUAUUCAACAUAUUCUUAGACAAGCAUUGAGACGCUAUACAAACAUAGAAAGAUCAUUUAAUUCAUUGGUCGAAUAUCGUGGACCAUCACAAAUCACAUCUGGUGAUUGGCCAUCAAUUGCUAAAUCAUUAUUAUCUGGUUAUUAUAAAAACGUUUUUGUUUCACUAAAAGAACUAUCUGGAAGAAAUCAUCAUUAUGUUCAAUAUGAUUCAAACAAUACAAAUAUUGCUGUCUUAGAUUCACAAUCUACUCUUGCUCGUCAACCAAAGAUGUCACCUGUUCCUAUCGUUUUGGCAAGAGAUAUUCGUUAUUCAUCGUCGAUUCGUUCAAGAGCUAUACUUUCAUUUGUCGGUGAACUUAGACCAGAAUGGGUAGAAUAUGAACUUGAACGAAAUCUUGAAUUGAAUAUUAAAGAAGUAGCCCAUCUCAAUGAUCAUAAUAGAUUGUCAACAGCAAUGACAAAAUUCUAUCAGAUUCAUAUGCAGAUGGCUUCGAAUAGUCUAUUAUUAACAGGUAAGGCUGGAACUACUUUGAACGCUGAAUUGCAUCUGCGACAGCAAUUGGCAGUUGAACAACCUGAAUUUCCAUUAGAAAAUCAUUAUAAAUCAGGUUCAGUAGAAUAUACAAAUUUAUCAAGAAAUUUGGAAAGUGUAAUGAAAAUGACACAAAUAUUUAAACCAAUGACUAGGCGCUGGGAAGCUGAGAAACAAGUCAAAAUAACCGUUAAUCCAAACACAUCAACGAAGACUAUUACAAUAAAAGUUGUCGGUAGAGAUUCGGACUAUGAAAAUGUAAAACAAGAAUUCAAUGCAUUUUUGAGUUGGUUAGGAUGCUGUGCUGUUAUUCGACAUCCAAAUUCAGUGAAAAUCAGUAUUGAAUCACAUUUAGGUGUUCCUCCACGUGUUUUUCGUCCUCAAGUACGCAAAAAAUAUCGUGAUAUUGAAGAAAGAAUAUCUCAUAUUACCGACAAUAAUCGAACAAUUAUAGACUUAUACAAGGGUGUUAAAGGUCCAAAUGCCACCCGUGAAACACGAAUGGAAGUUGUAGCUUGGAUAGCUGUUUGUAAAUUUUCUUGCAAACUUGAAGGUGGUUUUGUACGUGAUUGGGUUGUCGGUAAUGAUAUAUCUAGACCAGCUAAUCCUUUACCAAGCCCGAAACAUUGGAUCGAAUAUAUACAUUCAAUACCAUAUAUUAACAAAGAAGUUGUUCCAGGUGAUUUAGAUUGUCAUUUACCUACACAUGAUAUAUUUGAUAUUGAGAAAUUUCAAGAUGAAUUGCAUAAAUAUGAUAUAACAUGCCAAGUAUUUCGAGAGAACUGGAGAUAUGUCUUGUUAAUUGACGAGAACGCUCCCACAGGUCCAUUCACAAUGGAUUUAAUUGAACCACAUGUGGCAUUAACACAUGAUCGUAUUGAUUUCGAUGUGAAUAAUUUAUCAUUGGAAAAAUAUUAUACACAUGAAUUAGGAAUGCGUAUUGAUAUUCAACAAAGGCCAUACUUAAUUGAACUUGAAACUAUUGUUGAUAAUAUUAAAAAUAAACGCUUUCAAGUACUUCGCCCACUUGAUUAUAAUCUUGAACAACGUAUUGACAAAAUGGUAAAUAUUCGCCAUUGGACACAAUUAGGACAUCCAUUCAGCGUUGUACCAAAUCCGGACCCAAAAUAUUGGUCUGUUUUAGUACGAUUACCAUCAUCAGAUAAAUUAUAUAAAGAUGUGGAAGCACAAAUUAGAAACAUAGGAAAUACAGUAACAAUUAUAUCGAUCGAACAAAUAAAAAAUCCGCUUUUAGAAGAUCAAUAUGAAGCAUUGAAAAAAAUAAUUGCUAAACAAUGUUCAGGAUUUGAUCCAAAUGAACGUGAACUAUUUCAUGGUACAAGUGGAGAAGGAAUCGAUGGUAUACGAGAUAACGGUUUUGAUGAUCGUUAUUUUAGUAAAGAUGGCAACUGGGGUAAAUACUUUGUUAAUACUAAAGAUGCUUUAGAACUACAAAAUUCGUUUUCUUGA